AUGAUCCUCCGCCUGCUCUUCCUCGCCCUCUGUAUCGUCGUUGUCUGCCUGCCGUGGCUCGGCGGCGUCAGCACGCCGGCCACACUCAUUGCCAUCGGGCUGCCUCACGACCCUCCGCUGGACAGCGUCGCGAUCCCGCCUCUGGCGCCGCUGCUCGCAGAGCCGCCGCUGCGAGACGCGCUGCUGCGGACGGCGGGCGAGGGCGGCGACGGGGCGCUGUUGAGACUGCUGGCGGGCGAGGCGCGAGCCCUCGCCCUCGCUGCGCCCGCCUGCCAGUGUCUGCUGAGCGGCGCUGCCUACCGCGUCUCGCGCGGCGAGGCGGAGGAUUGGGCUGCGCCGCCGCCGCACGAGGACCUGCUGCUGGCGCGCGGCUCCCCGGACUAUGAGCGGCUGCGCUCACCAUCGUACCAAAGAUCCAAGGACUGCUAUAGCCCUCGCACAGAGGGCGCUCCCAAUCGCUCCAGCCGCGAGCGCUUGUGA